GUCAUUUCCAACGGAGAGACCAGGGAUGACGGACAAAAUUGUCUGAUACUCUUGGAGACUGUUUACAGACCGCUUCGCAAUGCUUGCUCUGGCACUAAGUCUUCCACUACUUCUACAACUAACGUUAACGACACCGUCAUAUGCUCUACAAUGUUAUAAUUGCUCUAACAUCGCCGAUGUGAACGAAUGUUUGACGAUCACAGAAUGCCGUGCUGGUCAGUCAUGUUAUAUGGACCGGACAGCAUCUGGACAAACAAGCACCCUGGGAUGUACAGAUAAUCUGCAAUGCGGAGUAAUAGGAGGUGCAGGUGGUACUUUGGUUGGUAGGGACUUGAUGGAACGACAGACAUCGGACUGUCAUGAAUGCUGUAGUACAGAUAAAUGUAAUAAAAAUCUGUGCGUUCAUCUCAAACGUAAGUAUGUAGCAUUGUAUGUGAUUAGUUUAUUGUUAAUUCACCAUGGUGGUAUGAUCGAUUAUCCUGGUGGCCAAGAUAUCAAUAUUAUAUAUUAGAAUGUUAAAGCGUAA